AUGAACGAAGAAACGCGUCCGAACGACGAAGGAACGCCGCGGCAGGACGAAAAGUCCGACGAGAACAAGGAGAACAAAGACGAGUUGGAGCACGCACACUAUGAUGACUCUUUCGAGAUGGAACAACCUUCCUCCGACGAGGAGGAGAAGAGAUCUUACGAGGGCGAAGAAUGGGACGUGGGAGAGGAGGAACUGUCUGAGCGAGAUUGGGAGAGAGAGGCGAAGAAGAAAAUUCGCAUCGAGAUGCACGAUCCGGCGAUGAGGAGACGGAAGACCAUCUACGACCUUGAGUCCUACGCCUCUUACGCCACUCCUGACUCGUCGAUGGGCAACAUAUUGAGAUACAAUAUAAUAAAAUACAAUAUGAAGGAGCCGACGCCGAGAGUUCGAUAUUCCGUGUCGAUGGGCAUGUGGGGCAUAGCGAGAAUCGACCUGUCGCCGUUGACGCAGAAGAUCGUCGGCUGCGUGAUCGGCGAGAAUGUCACUACGGAAUACCCGUGGGUGUACGUGAGGAAGGAGAUCAUCGAAGACAAUAUAGAUCUGCACUCCGAGAGCAGCGACUUCCUGCCGAUGAAGGAUGAGAUUCACGCGUUCCCGGAAGACAAGAUGCUCAUCGGCUACGCACCGUCGCUCACCGAGGACGCGCAGUUCUACAUCUGCCUGACCCAGGAGAGCAAGGACGCGGUAGCAAGGCUGAUACAGGAGCAACGGGAGGAGCAUGAAAAUCGCGUGAGAGUCGCAGUAUUCAAGCCCGUCGGCCGGUGGUACGACUGGGGAAGUGGCGCCGAGGUCGACGCUGAAGUCGUCAAGUACACGCGGCCGCUCUUCGAGAUCGAGGUGACGUCCACCGCCGAUUUGCUGGGGUUGCCGAUAAAUCUGGCAGAUAGAAGAGCAGGCGAUCAAAGAGACGGAUACAUCGAGCUGCUGUCGUACCGACAAAUAUUUGACAAUGUGUGGCGUAAAUUGGUAAACAGGUCGACGCAAGUCGCGCCCUUCGUGCGACACAACGAGGCUCAAACGGCGUCGCAGAUAUCCUCCAAUUCGUGGUUCCAAUAUCUGUACGAAUAUGAAACUAUCGAUCUGUCGACGUAUCCCGAGGAGAAGAUCGACUCCUUGAAGGAUUUUCUGUACCGUUACACCGACGACAUGUGCGAUCAGGUAAUCGUUGUCAUUUCGCGAAUGAUACGAACGAUUGGCAAUCGCCAGACACUUUCGACGAAACCAAAUAUAAUAAUUAAUUGCAAUUAUAUCCUGAUGAAUUCCACGUGGGAUAUUUACACGAACGAUUACGCCAACUUGGUGAGCAACGAGAAGGACACGCAAGCACCGAUGCCGAUAGGCUACACGGAGCACCAGAGCUACUACGAGGGAAAGCUCACCGUGAGCAGAGUCGUCAACGACCUUUGCUGGCAUCCGUUCUGGACCGGAGUAGCGAUGGUCGCUUACACACGGCGCGCCAAGAGCGAGCAUCUGAUAGGUCCCAAAUCUCAGGAAGAGGUUGAUCAAUCAUCGUGGCAAACACGCUGUCUCGUGCUCAUAACUCACGACAGCGGCAACGACAACCGCGUGCUAAUAUGGUCCUUCAACGACUUUCUGUCGCCUAAAUUGAUCCUCGAAAGUCCGCGAGAAGUGACGUCUGUCUCCGUGUGCCCACUCGACGGGAGUGUCGUCGUAGGCGGCUGCACGAACGGCCAGGUCGCCAUCUGGCACAUCCCCGGCAAGAUCGAAGAGAUGGAGACGGUGGUGACGCGGACGAGCGCUCAAGAGAAAUAUACGCUCGCGAUGAAGAGCCUAAUGACUUGGAUGCGCGACGUGACGGUGACGUCGCGAGUCGCUCCGACGGCGAUGUCCUCGCUGUUGUACAGCCAGAAGGCGGCUAUCACCCAAAUAACGUGGAUGCCCUCGUACUACAAGAUGGAUCGAAGUGGCAGAAUCGCGUCCCUACCGGAAGACGCAUCUUUGGACGACCUAAGUUGGCAGUUUGUGACUGCCAGCGAGGACGGCACGAUCGCCUUCUGGGACCUCAAGUAUAUCCCUCCCUCGAUCGUAUUCCUAGUUCAUUCUCGAUAUUGCGAGCACACAUCAUGCAGAAGCGGGCCGAAUAGUCGGGUGAUGUUCGAGAGGGAUCUGAGCCAGCGGCAAUUGGUAACCACGGGAAAGGUCCGGGCCAUCGUAUCUCUCGAGACUGAAAUUGAGGCAAACAUUAAUCCGAUUCUAACCGAGAACGAUGCACUCCGAAAAAAAAGAUGGCGACCCACGGAGAAGGGUGUUCGACAAAUCCGCGGCAAGCGAAAGAGGAAAUGGCAUAUGAGGACGACGGCGAGGCCGACGUCGCCCUUUAAGAUUCUCGACCGCGUCUUCCAGCCCAACCAUAUCCUCGAGCUUCAGUAUCCGGACGAGAGGCGGCGGCUUGUGAUAACGACGCUCAGCAUGUACAAUCCGAAGUUUCACGUGGAACAAGUUGAACCGUUCCCAGUGGGGAGGGACGAUGUCGCAAUUAGAAAGUACUAUAGACCCAUAAUCGAGAAGGCGGAUUACAUCAUGGAGCCGAAGAUGCUCGUCGGCACCGUCGAAGGUAGACGACGCCUCGGUGAUUUCGGUUGCAUAACGUGGGAGGGCUUCGAAUUCGCGACGGACGUGAGCGUGAGUCGCGAGACGGCGCGCUGGCAGUGGAUGAAGAGGACGCACGACGGCCCGGUCACACACUCGGUUAGAUCGCGCUAUUAUCACAAGCUGGUCGUUACGGUGGGCGGCAAGAUCUUCGCUGUGUGGCGGGACGAUUUUGGCGAGCCGCUCCUUUGGAAGAAGUCCAAUAUCGGAUACACGGCUUGCUCGUGGGGCAUUCUGCGCCCAACCGUCCUGAUUUUGGCGCGAAUGGACGGCACCGUGGAGAUCUGGGACCUGGUGGUGAAGAGCCACGAGCCUAGUUUCACGCAAAGCCUGUCCGGUCGUAUAAUCUGCGGUGUCUACACGCACGAUCUGCCGUUGGAGUCGCAGUGCGUCGGCUUCUGCGACUUCACCGGCGCUCUGAGAAUAUUCACCGCGCCGCGGGUCUUAAUGACGUAUGACGUGGGCGACGUCGAGUGGAUAAUAAAGUUCGUCGAUCGGCAGGUUCAAAGGAUAAGCGAGUUUAAAGCCUGGCAGAGAGUGUGGCGCGAAACAAAUCCCGGGGAAAUCGAGAUGAGGAGGAGACUGGCCGCGGGCGACACGGCGGACGAGAGGAAGCGUUUGAAGCCUGAGGAGAAGACCAGAGCCGGCGCAGUUGAGGAGACAAUCCGUACGGUCACGCCUACGACGACGAGCGCGCGCCGGAGACCCUGGCAAUUCCUCGAAAAAGCCAAAUCGCGGUGGAUGUCGAUGGAGGAGAAACGCAUGCAGCGAGUGAUUCUGGAGAAAAAAGGUCUGCGGAAGGACGUAAUAGAGAGGCAACGCGCGCCCAUUCUCAAAUUACGACAGGAGGCGAGUACAAAGAAGCACAAGAUACGGGAGAUCCUGAGGCUGCAGGACAAAAUCUUCGAGGAGACAGUCGCGUUCCUCUUUCCAGAGCAGCAGCAGAAGCAGCAGCUGCAGCGUAGAGAAACUUUGUUGCUGCCUCCUUUGCCGGUCUCCGCGACCGAUAGACGUUUAACGAUCGACGAGUUCAUUAAGAAGGAAACCGCUCUUCGGAAAGAAGAAGCCUUCGCCGACCCGCAGGAGGAGAUUAUAUACAAUUUCCUAGAAGUGCAAGCCGAGGCAUUGGCCAAAUUAAAGAGCGCGCCGUUUGAACGCACGUUCGACUGGCGGCAAGUACUCGCGCAAGCAAAGUCGACGCGAAGAUUGAUGAACGUCGAACUGAAGAAGUUAAACAAACUGAGGGGAAUGUGCAGAGUGCUGGACGGCAGCGCGGUGAAUGAUGCAUCGCGGAUGUUCGCCGACGACACGAUGGCCGACGUGCGCGAAAGUUGGUGAAACACGUAGCCGGGGAAGAUCGAUUCGCGACGCGGGCGAAUCACACGGCCGGCGGACGCGCGGCCCGGCGAUCUCCGCAUAUUAAUGAUCGAACUUCCGACUUAAACUUCGAAACCACGGUGAAACUUUCGAUACGUAUAACAACAGUUUUUAAUAAGUUUAAAUAACUACGCGCGUAAUACGUAUCAUAAUUCCGCAACAUCGU